AGUGACAUCUUAUUAAAGCGGCACCACGUAAUCCUACCAACACCCUCCCUUGCUUAAAAUCCGCUCGUCCGGUGCAGUUCCGUAGACGCACAGCCUCCUCCUCCGGCAGAGCAGCGCCGCGGCUCGUGUUCCUCCGGUAAGAUGGUGAGCAGCGCGCGGCAGCAGUAGAGCAGUGUCGCUGGACCGUAAGAGAAGGCGCUCUCGGUGCUUAUCCCGCUCUCCUUCCACAACAUAUCCAUACACCGAGGGAAACUUCGCGUAUUUUGGACACGGUUUGACCUGGGGCCUUGGUGUUGUCACUGCGAGCACAGAGACGUAUCAUCAUGGGAAAACAGAACAGCAAACUCAGGCCCGAGAUGCUACAGGACCUGAGGGAGAACACAGAGUUCACUGACCACGAGCUGCAGGAAUGGUACAAGGGGUUUCUGAAGGACUGUCCCAGUGGACACUUGAACGUCGAGGAGUUUAAGAAGAUCUAUGCCAACUUCUUCCCGUAUGGUGACGCCUCGAAGUUCGCCGAGCACGUCUUCCGUACGUUUGACACCAACAACGACGGGACCAUCGAUUUCCGGGAGUUCAUCAUUGCUCUGAGCGUGACGUCACGGGGAAAACUGGAGCAGAAGCUGAAGUGGGCCUUCAGCAUGUACGAUCUGGAUGGCAACGGUUACAUCAGCCGCGAGGAAAUGCUAGAGAUCGUGCAGGCCAUUUAUAAGAUGGUGUCUUCGGUGAUGAAAAUGCCUGAGGAUGAAUCCACACCAGAGAAGAGGACAGAUAAGAUAUUCAGACAAAUGGACCUGAACAAUGAUGGCAAGCUGUCUUUGGAAGAGUUCAUAAAAGGUGCCAAAAGUGAUCCCUCCAUUGUGCGGCUACUGCAGUGUGACCCCAGCAGCGCUUCGCAGUUUUGAGUCGCUCCAGACAACCGGCACUAAAUAAAGGACAUGCAUACAUCUGAAGAACAAAGACAACACCUGCCAAGACAAGAUCUUCUGUCUGCUGCGUGUCAUCCGGCCUAGUCUCUGCAGAAGCUGGCGGAGUUUUCGACUCCAAAAAAAAAAGCUGAUCCUCUUCCAGAGUCCAGAUUAUUUUGGAAAGGAAUGUUCCUUUUUAGGAAUCGUGCAGUGCAUGCGCUCCCGAGCCUCUUGUGUUUAAAAUCUGUGCUGUUUUGUUUCUCUGCUCCCUUUGUUUUGUGAGGGCACAGCUCGACUUUUUAUAUCGAUAUUUAUGUGUAUAUACAGUAUAAAUGCAUAUAGAACCAUGUUAGGACUACGAAGGAAGGCAGUUAUAGGCGUCUUUUUACUCGCGUGCAUCUUACGGCAGUAUUAUGUAGCUUCAGACAGUAUCCAAAUCUUAGCCUCCUGCUGACCCGCGAUGGACUGAUGGACUGAAUGUUGGGAUUUUUCCGCUCUGGCGCUCAUGAUCUUUAUUUUUACAAAGAGAAGGCUGAGGAUCCCAUUCUUGAAUUCUGUUCAUUUGGUUUGCUGUAAAUACAUGGUUUGCUUCCAUAUUUCUUUAUUUAUUUUGAUUUAUUUUUUAUGUUUAUGCCGUGUAUUUUACCAAGGGUGAUUUUGUUAUUGUUGAACCGAGAUGUGAGAUAAUUCAAAGCUUUUCUCUUUUUUUUUGGCGUACAUUCCGCUGUGUUUUGAACGGAGGACACUGGUAGCACAUAUCAUUUGAAGCGCUUCAUCUGUGUGCGUGCGGUUAUGCGCGUUUGUUUGUAUACGCAAGAGUGAAGGUUUGCAUGUUCUGGCGUAUGUGUGUGUCUGUGCUACGUUUAUAGUAUCACUUUGUGUAGCUCUUUAUGAUAUCUUUGUAUGCAAGUACGUUUUUGAAACCCCGAUUUGAAGCAGCAAACUCGUGACUUUAUCCUGCGGCAACUUUACUCUGCAUCUUAUGGUACUCAAAAUCAUCAUUGUUAGGUUUCCAUUAAACAACAUAGACAGGAAUGUACAACACUAUAAUUUAUGAUCAUGUUUCACCUUUAGAUAGAGUCUAUGAAUACUGAAAGUGAUCACUAAGGGCUUAUUUCCACUAUUGAAUGAACAGGUGUAAAGAGAACGGCACUGCUUAUGAGUUUUUUGUUUUUGUUUUAUGCAAUGACUGACAUUCCAUGACCUGAAUUCUCCAGGUGCUCCUGCUUUGUACAAACACAUUAGCUCAUGAACUCCAUACAUGCCCACACUCUCAGUACACGUGUAGCUCUUACUUUUGCUGGCAUCCGUGUUGCUUCCAUAUUUGUACCGAGACCAUAUUUGAUGCUGCACCCUCUAUGGCAACUUUUCCCUCUAUUAUGUUGCAUGAAAACCUCAUGCGAGGACAUAAUGAUUGUCCCCUUUUACUGACGUUGACAAAUAUACUUCUGUGUUUA